AAGUAUUCCGCGAGCAUGAAUUUUGUCUCCUUCAUCUAAGACUCCGCCAUGCAACCUCGACGAGGUUUGCCCACUCACCCAUCGCUUCCUGUUGCACCACACCUUCGCCAGGGUUAUGUACAGCCUCCGGCACAGCCUGUGGCAUCAACAUCAACUAAUGUUCAGACCAAUGCUUGGAAUGGAUAUCCUCAAUACGCUCAGUCACAGUAUGCAGUCGCAUCGCACUAUGCUCAGGCGUACAUGCAAUAUGCCCAACCUCAAGGAUGGGGCAAUACUACGACAGAGGGAUACACAUAUUCCUCUACUUUCAACUCUUCAGGUCAGCUUAGUGUUGGAUCUUCUCAACCACUCCAAAGUCGACCUCCCGGUCAGUGGUAUCAACCUGGCUCCUCGAGAUGUGCAAGACCAGGAUGUCAGUUCACUGGCUCACAAAAAGCUGUGGAGACACAUAUGAUGGAUCGACAUCUGAUAUCUCCACCGGGGUGGGAGAAACGGAAGAAGCAAAGAGACUGGGAUGCUGAUCCGAGUCUCAAAGGGAAGCCUAUACCUAUCCAAGGUACUACGAUGAAACUAGAUACUCCAGAGGCCAUCGAGCAGUGGAUUGCGGAACGUAGAAAGCGGUUUCCCACUGCAGAGCGCGUGGAUGACAAGCAACAGAAACUUGACGAUGCCAUUGCUCGCGGACAGCUAGCUAUUGAUGAUCCUCGUUUUCCUCGACAAAAGAGGAGGCGACUGGAUAAUACCAAUGAUUCCUUUGGUGGUAAUUCUAGAGGACGCGGUCGAGGUAGGGGAAGAGGGAGAGGUGUCGAUGGUGGUUGGCGUGGCCGCGGAGGUGCAGGUGGUGCAGGUCCUUCAAGAGUACAAACCGAACCUGUCCAGGACACCAUACAUCCGGAAGCUCAAGAAAUACCCACUCCUGCAGAGAAGGUCGCGAUAGACGUUGACUAUGAAUCCACGGACUCUGAUUCUGAUGGUGCCCCGGAAGUCGUAUCAUCGAAGUUAGGGUUUCCUGAACAGCACACGGUGGAGGAUGAUAUUGAAAUGGAUAGAGCAGAGGAAGCCGCAGUUCCUUCAGAAGCUAACAGACAGGAGUACAAACGGCGUCCAGAGAGACCUCGCAAACUACCAGCGAGGCAACCAAAAAGACCACCUCGAAAUCCUUUUGCAUCACGACCUUCACUGUUGCGAAAUUUAUUACUGCCUGAGAUUCGUAUGACAGUAUCCAACCUUUCGCAGGCCAUCCACUUUCUUGUGGAUAACGACUUCUUGGACAACGUCGAGCUCAAGCCGGGACAAGCUUCAGAGAAGAUGAUAGAGGUCAUUGGACAAAGUGCGGAUGCUCAUACGCCGUAGGUAUAGUGCUUCUCUUGUCCCAACUAGCCUUUCUGCUCGGUGGCGCUUUGUAUAUAUCAAAUAUCCCUGUGCUUCACCAAGCUCGUACCACACACUACGAUGGCCUUUUCGACUACUGGCGUAUAAAUGAAGCUCAAUCAUUGGCUUUACGGAUGUUAGGAGUCUGCAAACCCCCACUGGACGUUGAUGCGCCCUUCGCUCAGGUCAGCAAGUCUCGCGAACGCGCCGGGAGAAAGGUCGAUGUCGUUUAAACCGCAGCCGGGGCAUUCGCCUACGACGGACACCGUGACACUGGCUCCAUUUGCUGCCCAUAAGGCUGCGCUGAGCGAUUUGACCUCGGAUGGCGGAUUCAAUGAUAAACUCACCAAAUACAACGACGUCCUUGAAACAGUUCUCUCCGGUGCCGUAGCGAGGCGUGCUGAGCUUGACAAUCAGGUCGGCGGCGGUGUUUGUGGCUCCACAUGUAUCCAAGCCUGGGUUAAAGAACGUCGCUUUCGGGGUGCCGGGCCAUUGUGAGAUACGUUGUCGGUAUCCAUAUAACGAACUUACCGGAACCGCUAAAUACCACAAUUUGGGGUAAGGCAACAACGAGGCAUAUCAUGCUAAGGAUAAUAGACAUGAUUGAAUGAGACAUCUUGUUAACACAGGCCGCUAGAUGUUGAGUUGGUAGGCACUACGAGCGAAGCAGACGGCUAUGAGAGAUGGGUUCGCAUCCCUAAGUAUUUAUACUAUCGCCUUCGCAGACGUCAUGGGAGCAUAUUUUGUGUUUGAAAGAAGGGUCUGAUAUUCUGAUGAUCAUUCUAGAGGUGUGUGUGCAUUCGUACUUGACUAUCGAGCAAUUGUCCGAACAAGGGUGGUCGUACUGUGUAAAAGUUUAGUGCAAUUGACUUCUGUC